UUUCGAUUAAUCGCCCAUCCCUACUGCAAAUGGUGAGAAAUCAAAACGUGCGGCGUGCACAUGUGCUUUUCAUUGCUUCUGAAAAAAGAUUCAUUACUCAAUACGUGAUCGACAAGCUUUGCCUCAAGUUCACACGACUUCAUCUUUCAGUUGCUACGUAUCUUCUGAUUUGAAUUGCCUCCCUAAAGAUGUUCCUAAUGUACUACCUUGACGACAACGGAAAGCGAGUUUACACAUUCCAGAAAGUUGACCCAAAAGGAAACCCCACCAUGUCAGCACAUCCUGCUCGAUUUUCACCAGCAGACAAAUAUUCCAGAGAAAGGAUCAUGAUCAAGAAGAGAUUCGGUCUUUUGCCCACUCAACAGCCUGCAGACAUCUACUGAAAGUGGAGCUUUUAAUGUCAUCCUCUUUAUCUAAGUAUUGCCAUUCUACGUAAUUCAAUUUAUACAAAAUGAAAAAAGAUUGGAAUCAGUGUUCACAAUCCUUGCUAGUCCACAAUUCAAAAAUAAUAUCAGUCAAGCCAUCAAUUGUGAAUGGUGUGGAUUUAAAAUGGCUCUAAAUAUUAUUCAAGUCAGUAAUUGAGAGCACACUUAAAGAUUAAUGAAGCCAGAUUUGCAUUUAAUCAUGAGGUCCAAUGGACCAAAUUUUGUUGAAAGCAGUAUAUACAAUUUACCACUCUAUCUGAUAUCCCAUAAAAACUCAUCAUGUUGAUCUCAGUGGGAUUUUUAAUUUGAAUUAUUAAUAAAAAUUAUGAUAAAUGAUAA